AUGACGCCCGAGGAAAAGUUCGCGUUCGAUCUCACCGGGUACAUCGUGGUGAAAGGGGUGUACGACGCGGAUGAGGUGAAGAGAAUGAAUGCCGCGAUCGAUAAGCGGGCGUCGGAGAUCGUCGAAAGGAAGGGGCGGUUGCGCCUUGGCGGCAGUGCGGGGGAUCCGCUCGCGGGAGACGGCGAGACGGGACGGGCGGAUUUGGGCGGCAUGUUGGCGUGGAGCGACGGUGAUUGCGAUGUGUUCCGGUCGAUGCUCGCACAUGAAAAGUUGGUACCGUAUUAUCACGAGCUCGUGGGUGAGGGUUAUCGCAUGGAUCACUUGCCGCUGAUGAUUCAACAAAAGACGGGCGCGGACGGGUUCGUGUUUCACGGAGGACGGAUGAAUCCUGACGGUACGUGGUGUCAAGAGCUGGCGUACACAUGCGAGGGAGGAAAGUUAUAUAAUCAACUCAUCGGCGUGAGCGUGGCUUUGAGCGAUACGAUGCCGGGAGAUGGUGGGUUCUGCAUCAUUCCCGGGUCUCACAAAUCUAGUUUUCCGUGUCCGCAGGCGAUUUUAGAGUACAAAUCGCGUCAGGAUCUCGUCGUGAACCCGAAGAUCGAGGCCGGGGAUGUCUUGAUUUUCACCGAAGCGGCGACGCACGGGACGAUGGCGUGGAAGGCUAAGCACACGCGCCGCGCGGUGUUGUAUAGAUUUGCGCCAUCGACGUACGCGUACGGUCGCUCAUACUAUCCUACUUGGCCUGAGGGCACAGAGGAUGAGAACAUGACGGACGCACAGAGGGCGGUUCUGCAGCCACCACACCACGUGCGUUUGGAUCGCACAACUUUGACAGACCGAGGCGAGGUCGCGGGCACGCAGACACGAGACGACUUUAAGAAGGAGCACGACGCAAAAGUCUUCGGUAACAAAUAUUUUUGA